UAUGACCUCACGCUUGCAUACCUGCAAGGUGUUCCAAGGGCCUUUGGGGGAAGGCAGGGGACCCAGGAGUCUGGAGAAAGGAGGAAUGGUUAUCUGGUCAAUCAGACCAGGAGCGCGUGAGGCCCUUUGGAUCGGCCGGGUUCGCCACGCCACGCGUUUGUUUUACAGGCCGGGAAACAGGCCCCUGCUUGUGCAUGUCUUAAACCCUGAAUGAUACCGAGGGGGCUUCCUGACAAACAUCCAAACAAGUGGCACUUAAUAAGUGUUUGUUUUAUUUAUCCAGACAGUAUGACGGGGUUUAGAGGUGCGAGCCGGGGAGCGAAACACUCGACAGGUCAAUUGCCCGCCGGCUGGCCUCAGUUUUCUCUUCAGUAAGAUCUCUCAUUCAAGUUCUAAAAGAUCAUUGGUCGAAGAAUCGCACGUGCGCACUGGGACCGGGAGCCCGAGCAUGCCGGGACUUGUGGUUCCCAUAAAAGCUCCUGGCUGGCGCCAGCGCCCGAGAGAGCGCUCUCAGAACUGACAGCAGGGCGGGGCCUCAGGCUGGCCGUCCACUGAGUGAGGCUUAGAGGCGGGACUUGACGUCGACGGAUAGGCCGGCGGGCCUCUUGCCACGUGGGGGCGGGGCCAGGCGGGCCACAGAGCCAUGGGAGGCGGAGGCUGCUGGUGGUGGGGUCGGGCUGCUUGCUUGGCCCGGCGCCCCGGCUUCCGGGGGGCGCUGCUGCUAGCAGCCCCGAGGCGCGGCCGGUCUGGCCGGGGCUCCUUCAGCCCCGGACCUGGGAACCGUGCUGCGGCCUCGCGGCCCCCAGUGUCUGACCUGGACCGGGCGGACGCCUGGCUUCUCCGGAAGGCACAUGAAACGGCCUUCCUCUCCUGGUUCAGAAAUGGCCUCUUGGCCUCGGGCAUUGGAGUCAUCUCCUUCAUGCAGGGCGACAUGGGCCGGGAGGCUGCUUACGGCUUCUUCCUCCUGGGCGGCCUGUGCGUGUUCUACGGCGGCGCCUCGUACGUGGCGGGCCUGGCUUCGCUGCGGCGGCCCAUGAUGCUGUCUCUGGGCGGGGCGCUGCUCGGGGGCGCGGCCGUGGCCUCGGCCGGCCUGCUCUGGGCCUGCGCAGUGGGCCUCUACCUCGGCCAGCUGGAGCUGGAGAUGGAGGGCCAGGACCCGGAGCCGGGGCUGGAGCCCGAAGACGCCGACGACGAGGAGCCGCCGGCCGCCAGGGCCGGCCCCCCGCGGGGCCAGGCCAAGUGAGAGCCAGCACCUCGCCGUAGGGGCUCUGCCUGGUGCUUGGGGCGGGGGCGGGGAAGGAGGCUGGGCAUCCCAUCCCCCCAUCUGUGCCCCAGUCCUCACCACCCCCUCCCCCGUCCCCAAACUACCGGGCAGGGAUACCCCCUCUCCCAGCCUGACCCCACAAUUCCCUCGGGGGCCUUGAGCCGGCCUGAAUUCCUCUAGGAUCCCAGACCCAGGGCUGGAGGAGACCCCAAAGGCCAUCCGGGCCCCUUCCCUGAAUUGAGGGAGGGGGGGCCUGAGGACUUAGGGAUUUGUAGUGUGUGCGAUUUGGAUCCAGGACCUCCCGCAAACAUGGCACUUUUCCCUCUGCUGUUUCCCAGACUGUCCCAGCCUCCCCUCUCCUUGUCCCUCCCCACCUCCAGGCCUCAGUUUCUCUAUCUCACAAAUGAAGGGUAUGGAUGAAA